GUUACGUUAUUGAGUGCGGAUUAGAAGUUUCCAUUUUUUUUUAAAUUUUAAAAAUGAAAUAUCCGUGCAGAAAGAAUUUGACGAGAUUCACGAGCGAUAUUUUUGCGGAUUUACCUUGCCGCAAAGACCAGCGGCCCGCGCCGCUCGACGCGGCGGCCAUCAUGAAAGAAAAGAGCAAGAACGCCGCCCGCUCCCGACGAGAAAAAGAGAACGCCGAGUUUCUCGAGCUGGCCAAGCUACUCCCUCUCCCAGCUGCCAUUACGUCACAACUCGACAAAGCCUCUGUCAUCAGAUUGACGACUAGUUACUUGAAAAUGCGACAAGUGUUCCCAGAUGGUCUGGGAGACGCGUGGGGCGCGUCACCACCCCCUCCUCAGCCCCGGGAGCUCUCCAUCCGGGAGCUGGGCAGCCACCUGCUGCAGACCCUGGACGGGUUCAUCUUCGUGGUGGCUCCUGAUGGCAAAAUAAUGUAUAUCAGUGAAACGGCGUCUGUGCAUUUAGGAUUAAGUCAGGUGGAGCUCACAGGCAACUCAAUAUACGAGUACAUCCACCAAGCAGACCAUGAGGAAAUGAACGCCGUUCUCAGUUUGCAACACCCACACUCGUAUCUCGGGCAUCAGUACCCCAGUCUUGGGUACCCCGUGGGAGGAACGUGGGGCCCCUCUGUGGACAUCGAGUGCGAGCGAGCUUUCUUCAUCAGGAUGAAGUGUGUGCUGGCGAAACGGAACGCGGGGCUCACUACCUCUGGAUAUAAGGUGAUCCACUGUUCUGGUUACCUGCGCGCGCGCCGCUUCGGCGAGGGCGCCGCGCCGCUUGGCCUCGUCGCCGUCGGACACUCGCUGCCGCCAUCUGCCGUCACAGAACUCAAACUACAUAGCAAUAUGUUUAUGUUCAGAGCCAGUUUGGAUAUGCGGCUGAUAUUCCUUGAUGCCAGGGUGGCGUCACUAACGGGGUACGAACCUCAGGACCUCAUCGAGAAGACGCUGUACCACUACAUCCACGGAACAGAUGUACUACACAUGCGCUACUCACACUGUACAUUAUUAACAAAAGGCCAAGUUACCUCCCGCUACUACCGGUUCCUGACGAAAGCAGGAGGCUGGGUUUGGAUGCAGAGUUACGCGACCAUAGUCCACAACAGCCGGUCUUCCAGACCGCACUGUAUAGUUUCAGUCAACUAUGUGCUCAGCGACAUAGAAGAGAAGCACCUCAUCCUGAACCUGGAGCAGGGCCCCCCCAAGCUGCACGCGGAGCCGGCGCCCGCGCCCCCCACCCCCUCCCCCCUGCUGCGGACCGACAAGCUCAGCCACGUGCAGCUCGAUAGCGAGUUUAACGGAGACUCUAGCACAGGAUACCAAUACUCCGAGUACCUCCCAGUCCUCCCCCCUUACGAGGAAGACUACCACCAAAACGGUACGUACCACGAGUUGUUCUAUAACGAAAACUACCCAGAGCCGGAUCUGAAUCCCAACUACAUGCUACCACAGAGCCAGCGGCCCUAUUCCGCCAGCUCAUCGUCAUGCUCCUCCAUGGAAAGUUCUACAGAAGUCGCUAAUCAGCAAUAUAACUACACGAAUUUAAUAUCGUUUUACCCGAAUCAACCACAAAAUCAAAAUGGCCGACCGGACAACUUUGGCGGGAACUUUUCCAAAAUGGCGGCCAGUCCCGCUGUCACGGAAGGUUACACAUCUGUCAUCGUGGACAACACACAGCAGUUCCAUCAUCAUGGCGGCGGGGUCAAUGAAUUUGUGCACUGAUGAAGUGUCACUGGCAGGCGACAAUGAGGAGGCACACUCAAAGGUUAUGACAGAUGGCGCCACCCUAUUUCCAUACGUGAGAGCGAGAAGAUAAUAUGUUUUUUCUCUCUCACACAUAUGAAUGACAGUGACAUGCCUAGACACUUGCCUGGCGGGAUAAAAUGUCACUGUUGUGAAAUAGGUCACAGGCUGCUAUGUCAAAGUGUAAUGCCAUUAUUAUUGUGAAAUUUCGUAAAGCAGGAGGUAAAGUGACAUUUUUCACUUAGUUCUGUCGAAAUUGGUGAUGGAACUGAUGGACUAAACACAUCGAGAUAUUUGAGGCUAUGCGUCGAUAGACGAUUUGUACAGACUUACAAACUUGCCAAAAUAUAUUCUUCUUAGAUUGUAUUCUUUAGAAAAGUAUUUAGAAAUUACUAGUUAUAAAAAUACAUGCGAGUUUUUUUAGUUGGAUAAAAUUAGGUGUAACCUUUUCCAAAGGAAAAAUCGGUUGUGUAACUGAAAAUAUAGGUUACAAAUGUAAAAGUAGUUAUGUGCGGAAAUGUAGCUUUAUUCAAACGCAUUAUAUUUUAAAAUAUAAUUAUCUUGCCUGUUGUAACGUAUAAGCGAAUUGUAAAUAGUGUUGUACAUAGAUUUUAGGUGUAAUUCGUAAUAUAAGCCAUAUAUUUAUAGAUAUUAAAUUUAUUUAGAUCUGAAUAUAGUCAACAAAUAAUAAAUACAAUUAAAGAGCGAAUCUCUUUCAUUAGUUACCUAUUUCUUAAAAGAGAGUAGAAAUCAGCUUAUUGUUACAACCUGACAUAGACUUACCUACGUUUAACAGACGAUCGCUGGAAUAGAUAACAACGGUUUAGUUUUUAGGAAUCUGCAAAAAUCAGCUAAAAUUAAUAAUAAAGGUUAAGGCACGCCACAGACAGUCUUAAAAUUCAUAAUCUUAAGAAAGAUUUGUAUGCAACCUGUCAGUUCAAACUGACAGAAUUUUCAGAUUGAACUGACAGAUUGCUUAUAAGUCUUGUUUCAAGGCCGGCAACAGACAGUCUUAAAAUUCAUAAUCUUAAAAAAUCAUAAUCUGAAAUCAGAUCGAGUGCCUUGCCACUUGCCACACACGUUCUUAAAAUUCAGAUUUUCUGCAAUCUGUCAAUCUGGCAAUCUGUCAGAUCAAUCUGAAAAAAAUCAUAAUCUUAAAAGAUAAGACUGUGUGUGGACAGUUGCGAAAUUGUAUGGAAAUCCGUGCACUGGAUCGAUUUCAUUGAAGAAGAAGAAGAAUUUAAGACUGUCUGUUGCCGGCCUAAGAUUAUGAAUUUCUGUCUGUGAAUGUCUGUGGCGUGCAUUAAAUUAAAGGCUACUAUAAUUCGACCAGCCUGUCAUGAACUCAUGACAUUAAAACGUUAUUACCGAUCACUAGCAAUUCGUUAUGUAAAAUCUGUGGAAUCUUGAGCGUAGCGAUGUAUCUAUGCCGCCAUUUGUUUUUUUAUUAUUAUUCCUCAUACGACAAAACUGGAUGUACUGCGAAGUGCCGCCAAACUAAGCAUAGACAAUAAUAGUGUAUUUAUCGUAGUGUACAUACUCGUAAUACAUAAUCCUAGGCCAUAGACAAUUUCAGAAGGUGUGUAAGCUUAGGAACAACAUAAUUAUGAAUUUUAUAGAACGGUCAACCAAAUCUUGGCACUAAAAAAGCCGCGAAAUUAAAAUUUUCUAUGGGCAUCAAACCUUUACUCCUAGAUUUUCAAUUAAUUUUUAAGUGUUAUGGCUUUUCGAUGAUUCCGCCAACGUCAAGGUUUAGAAAGGCACGCAUUUUAUGCAGGCAUUUGGCCGGUAAACAUCGAUUUUAAACGAGUUUAAAUCGAUGCCGGUAAACCGUACAUUUUUCAAAUUUGUCGACUUAUUUUAGUGCCGAGAUUUGGUUGACCGUUUAUAUUUUUUUUCUGUGCGGUAUUAAUAUUAAAAUUUGAUAUUUGACUUGUUUUUGUCAAAUUGUUUAAAAAUACUAUUAUUUAUCUUUACCUGUGUGUAUUACAUUCUUUAUUUAUUAAUUUAAUUUACCUAUAUCUUCAUUUUAAGAUCUCAUAGAGAGGUCUGAAAAAAGAGCAGAAUCUCAAAAGUGUAUUAAAUAGAGAAAUUGUUUGAUUAGGUUAUAAUCUAUGCGUAAAAAUAUAAAAAACCUACCUAUGUAUUUUGAAUUGUAAAGUAAACUUUUACAAUAUUGUAAGGAUCAUCUAAAACUUGAAAAGAAAUGAACCUUAACUGUACUAUGUCCUUUUAGGUAUUUAAAAGAAUGUAAGCAAAUAAUUAUUGUUCAUUUUCGGAUAGUUACAACAUUUGUCGGUUAACCGAGCAAAUACAAAAACCACGCGGACCUGUCACUGAGCUGCCGGUCUUCAGCCUUCUUAUUUGGCCGUGUAAUGGUUUUGCUUACCCUCAACUGGCAUAGGAGCCUUUUGAGGGUAGAUUUUGUUUACGUUUAUUUUAAUACCUAAAGACUUACACAGAUCGAAUGACCUACAGUGAUAUUCAAGAUUUACCUAAAGAAAUUUGACGUUUUCUGACGUGAUUAAAUUGAGAUUAUUCGAGUUCAAAUUAUAUUUCUGUAUUUUACAACGUGUAACAAUUUUCACGAAUGAAUAAAUGUUUUUUCUAAUUUUGUAAAUAGGAAUACUUUUCUAAUUUUGGUUGCGAUAAAUACGAUAUGCGUAAGCCCAUAAACUUUGGAGCUAGUGCCAUGAUGAGGCGAGUAUCCUAGUCGGUAACAGUUACAUUUACUGUUUUCUCGUCACAAUGCCUGCCAAGUAAAUAUUUACUUCUAAUAUACAUGUUUUUCUAAAACAUAUUGUACAUUUAAAUGCUUUAAAAACCAAUAAGGUUUGUUUGUUUCAUCAAAAUGGUUUAAGAAUUAUACUCGGGGUGAGA